CUCUCUGUCUCUGGGUGAUAGAGGACGAUAACUUGCGGAGUUGAAGCCACUCGCUGCCGCCUCGUUGGAGGGAACAGCAGAUGCCGAGAGUCGCGAAGAGCUUCAGUGUCGGAGGUGCGGAUCCAAUUUACGCUUCACUUUCUUACCAGCUCACCGCAAAGUCCGAGCAGAGGAUCCGUGCGUCUGUGGGAUAAGACGGCUUCCACCUUUCCUCCCCCCCUCCCCCCGAAGUGUCCCUCACCUUCCCCGGCUCGCUGCGUCUCCGCCGCCGGGAGACUGAAGGGAAAGCCCUUGACAGGCUGGAAGAGUUUCGCCUGAGGCGAGACUCGGCUCCCAUAUAAAGCCGGGUGAAGGGCAUUAACACACCGACCAGUGGACACUGUGGCUGCAGCAACCAUGGAGCUCCACACUACUUCCAGGAAACUUACUUUGCUCUCAUUUACCUUUCUGUGGGGGCUCUCAGGCAUAUGGGCCCAGAUCCAGAUGCCCCAACCCAGUAUGGAUGUGACCAAGGGCCAGAUGGUGGUGCUGAAGGCCUCGUACAGCACAGCGCCAGGCAGUGACCCCAGCACCAACACCAUCACCUGGAACUUUGUUUCUAACAACACCCAGCUGAUCAUCUCCUACAUCAAAGGCUCCAUGAGCGUGGGCAGCUCCCAGUUUAAGGGCCGCGUUGGUUUUUACGCCAGUAUGCCCUCCAGCGACGUGUCGCUGUACAUCAACAACACACAGGAGUCAGACUCAGGACGCUACUUCUGCCAGGUCAUCAUGCCUGAUAACCCUGGCCUCACUGCUGAGCUCAGUCUGGACGUGAAGGUCCCUCCUGCGGUUCCUAAGUGCUCUCUAUCAGGGAAGCCGGUGCUGAAGGGAAACGUGACUCUGAGCUGCUCAUCCAGCGCUGGGAAGCCCAUUCCUCUGUACAAGUGGAAGAAAACCAGUCCCACCUCGGAGGUCUUCUUCUCACCCAUGCUCAAUGAGAAGACGGGCACUCUGAAGCUGAACAACCUGAGCAGUAACAUGUCAGGGAAGUACGUGUGCACGGCCAGCAACUCAGCCGGAGCCGAGACCUGCUUCAUCAACCUGGAGAUCGUCACCUCCACUAAUGUGGGGAUGAUUGUUGGCGCCACAGUGGGCUCAGUGGUUGCCUUCAUCUUCCUCCUCCUCAUCUGCCUCGUUUUCCUGAUGAAGAGGCGGAGAGACAACGAGGACGACAUGGCCAACGAAAUCAAGGAGGAUGCUCAGGCUCCUAAGCACGUGUCCUGGGCUAAGGGUGGCCUGGGUUCAGAUACCAUCUCCAAGAAUGGCACCCUGUCCUCCAUCGCCUCCAGCCCCCACCAUAAAGAACCCUCCCACCACCACCACCACCUGCAGCAGUACCCGCAGCGCCCCCCUUCAGACACCGCCUCCAUAAUAACCGCCACGGGCAGCAUGGCCGGCUACCGCCCGUCCCGCCACCAGGGAGCCUCCACCCCCACCCCCAGCCACUACAGCUACAACAACAACACCGCCCUGCCCCGUGGCCAGGCCAUCCCUCCCGAGGCCGGCACCAAUGGGAGAUCCCUGCCCAGACCGGAGCGCUACGCCCAGCUGCCCCAGGCCCAGCUGCCCCAGGCCCAGCUGCCCCAGGCCCAGCUGCUGUCCCAUGCUGCCUACAGCCAGCCGCAGCCGCAGCUCCAGGCGGCUCCCUCCCCGCCACCGCUGCCCACCUCCACCAUCACAGCCUCCAACAUCACCCGCAUGGGAGGGGUGCCCAUCAUGGUGCCUGCACAGAACCAGGCCGGAUCGCUGGUCUAACGCCUGCUGCCUGCGCUGACAAAACAGUGCUUUUGACAAAAACGGUGGAACACUGUCUCUUUACACUCUCUCUGGUUUGAAUUUUUAAAGGGAACACGUUAACUACUAUUUAGCAAAGAAUUACAGUAGAUGAAAAGGUCAAACUCACGAUUUGACGCUUUGCUUUCACGCUAAGAAGCUUGAUUGCUGCAGACUGUUUACUUGCUUUAAGUAUACUUAAGUCUUUUAUAUUCUGUAUGCACUGUAUACAUUGCAAACUAUGUAUAGAUAUGAUUUUCAUACAUAUGUCCAGUAUCCUCUUUUGUACUUAAUCAUUGCAUUUCUAAUAUUUUAUUUGCUGUAUUUAGUUAUUUUCAAAUGUAGCUUUUUAAAUGUCAUGUUAUGUAUUGGUUCCUCCUGCCACACUAGUUCCACAGAGUGAGCAGCGUAUGGAUCAUCAUGGGCGUGCGAGUCUCACAGAUGAAUAUACAGAUGAAAUAAGAAGAGGGUUAUGCAGGUCUGCGCUACUUCGUCCAUCAUCUUUACUCAAAAACUACCCAAAAGGAGGAAUUAUCAAGACCAAAAUAGGUUUAAGCACAAAAUAUCAGUACUGUUCAGAGGAGAGAAUGUUGCUCAAAGUGAAGUUAGUGAGUACUGGGUGUAAUAUAUAAAGAUCUAUGUAUUAUUAAUGAAUCUUUUUUUCAGAGCAAGACAAGAGAGAGAUAAGAUAACGUUAUAAAUAUGAUAAAGUUUGACAUUGCAAAGUAUCCUAAUCCUUUUUUUGGCUUUACUUCUGUCAGUGGUUCAGCUUAUAAAAUGCUCUUAGACUCAAUUCUUUAAACACAGAUUAGCAAAAGCUUCUUAUAAUAUUGAGCACUAUUCAGAACUGCAGUACGGUGACUUUGCUAGUACACGAGUCCACACUUGUCCUAAUUUCAACUUGCCUGCAGAACGGAAAUUGUAAAUAGGAUAUUUAUUUUCUGAUACAUGUGCGACAUACCGCAUAGCGUAGUGUCAGCCACAGCCUGAAUGGAACAUAUAAGACAGGUUGUAUGUUUGCCUGCAACACUGGAGCCUGAACCAAAGAUAUACAGUAUGUUAACGCUUCGUUAUUUCAACACGCUCUCUUUAUAUGUUGUAGUUUAUUUUCUAGUAUAGGUCAGUGGAAGAAGAAUCUGUUUAUAUCAAUAUAAAAGGGAGGGAUUUUGAUUCACAAAAGGCUUUUUUUAGACAAACCUCCUUUCCCAUUUGAUUGACAUUGAAGUCAUGGCAUGACUCUUGAAGGUGCCUAGUUAGUGAUCUGCUACCAUUUCCUAUCAUUAGAGGAUGGGGAAGACUCACUGUUCCUCCUUAAAGUGGGCAGAGUACAUAGGCAUAGAUUUGGGGGGGGAUGCAGAGGAUAUGUCCCCCCUAAUAUUUUGAAGAGGUAGAUUUGUCACCCUCAAAAAAAUUUGUAAGACAACCCACUCCUCAAAAGAGGUC